AUGAACCACCCUCAGCUACUUACCGCAUCCGCGCCGUUCGACAGGACAAACGUCGAUGUCGUCCUCCGUACCUCCGACAGCGUCGACUUCAAUGUCUACAAAAACAUACUCGCUCUUGCGUCACCGGUCUUCGCGGAUAUUUUCGAUGUGCCACAGCCAGCCAUCGGCGCACAGCAGGACAUGCAUCCCGUGCUUAACAUCCCGCUAGUUCACAUCACCGAGAACAGCCAGACAUUGGACAACUUGCUGCGGUUGAUCUAUCCCGUGGCCGAUCCGGUACUGAAGGACGCGGCGCAGAUCGCGGCCGUGCUGUCGGCUGCGAUGAAGUACGAGAUGGAAGAGGCCACGAGAUUAAUGGAAGCAGCACUCCGAGAUGGUGUCGCAAACGAUCCGAGUCGCGCGUACGCUAUCGCCUGCCGCCUGGGUUUGGAAGAAUUGGCGGGAGCAGCAGCGAUGGUAUGCGCAAGAGGCGACAUCGAUUACGUUUCCGAGAUGGACGACAUCACUUCCGGGGCGCUGUAUCGUCUGUUGCAUUUCCGACGCGUGCAACCUCGCGACGUUGGGGGUUUUAUGUUCUCCACCCCUCGGGGAGCAUUUGUGCAGCAGGUGGCUGAGCGCGGACGGUUGACUGGGUCCCAUCCUUUCAAUAAGCCUUCCGCAGACAUCGUCAUGAGGUCGUCAGACGGAGUCCACUUCCAUGUACACAGGCUUAUCCUCACCUUGGCAUCCACAGUCUUCGCCCAUCGGCUCAAGCAACGUCCGCAGGCGGAUGACAUCUCUCCGCAAGGCAUGCGCAUGCUGGCCGUGACGGAGGACAGUCGUACAGUGGCAAAGCUUUUGCAGCUCUGCUAUCCGAUGCAAGAACCCGACGUGGAGGACCUAGACACUGCGCAUGCUCUCCUCGCAGCUGCGAAAAAAUAUGAGAUAGCAGGAGCACUGAUGUUCGCACAGAGGAAGUGGAUGAGUCAUGUCCACACACAGCCCUUACGAGCCUAUUUCAUUGCCAUGCGUCAUCAGUGGAUUGACGGUGCAAGAGAGGCGGCGAACCACCUCAUUUUCCAGCCCAGUGAUGUCUACGUUCCCGAGAUGGAGGACGUGUCAGCAAGCGUGUACCAUCGACUGCUCCAAUACCGUCACAGCUGCAGAGAAAUCAUUUCUUGCGUGGAUUCGGCAUACUUCGGUAUCCGCAGUUCGCCCAGGCAUUGGAGCGAUCUCUCCUACGAUGGAGAGGCUUACGGAGCCUACGAGAGUUUCCUGCUCGAAUUCCACUGUUCUGCGUUGUCGAACACGUCAGGACCGACAACUAGAGCAGUGAUCGCGGCCCCUGUGGUCGAACGAGCAGUUGGCUAUGCCUUCCACGCGCGUCUAACCCAGCUCGUCAAAGACAGCCAACAUUUGGAGGCAGAACUACAUGAAAAAUUCUCCAAGCUCUCACAAAUACUCACCGCAUCUACGCCGUUCGACAAUUCCAAAGCGAAUGCCGAUAUCAUCCUUCGCUCCUCCAACCAAGUUGAUUUUUAUGUACACAAAGCCAUCCUCAUGGUGGCUUCGGACGUUUUCGAGAGCAUGUUCGCCGCGUCUACCCCAGGGCGGGACGUCCAUCCCGAAAACGGUCUCCCGUUGGUCGAUCUCACCGAGGACAGUAAAGUGUUGGAUCGUCUCCUACGGCUGUGCUAUCCUGUUGUGGGCUCGGUGUCGUGGGACCUGGCAGAUGUCAGGGACGUGAUGGCUGCUUCAGUGAAAUACGAGAUGGAAGCGGCGACGGACCGGAUGAAGAACCCCCUUCUGUCUUUUGUACUCAAGGCCCCCGUCAGAGUGUAUGCGAUAGCCUGCCGUCAUCAUCUUGAAGAUGAGGCGCGUAUAGCUGCUGCUGCAACUCUUGAACUCGAGAAGAUUAGCUAUGUGCCAGAGAUGGAUCACAUUUGUGCUGGCGCAUUUCACCGUCUCCUGGAAUUUCGUCGUACAGGAGAUCUUCCGCUCGCAUUCACCUCAUACCGCGCUCCAGUUGAGGUUUCGGCGGAGGCCCAUUCUCCAGCCGUUCAUACGCCAGUGAAUGUCCCACCGGCAUUCCUUCAUUCAUCCGCAGAUGCGAUCUUGCGAUCCUCAGAUGGUAUCGACUUUCAUGUGCACAAAUUCAUACUAUCCCUGGUGUCUCCUAUAUUUGCAGAUCUCUUUAUCGAACCGACGGAGGCAGAUCUACUUUACAAAGACCAUGUCCCUGUAUACAGGGUCUCCGAAGAUGGCGGAAUACUGCUGAAGCUCUUGCAGCUCUGCUAUCCACUCGAAGACCCAAAGGUCGAGAGUUUCCCUGAGGCGUUCGCCCUUCUAGCGGCAGCCACCAAGUACGGGGCUGCUAGGGCAGUUUUAUUCGCGAAGCAGAAAUGGGCGGACCGAAUAGAGGAGAGCCCUCUGUUUGGAUAUUUCAUCGCGAUGGAGCGUGGAUGGGACGAUGCAGCACGUGAAGCAGCCUUGUUACUCGCACAUAAACGCUACGACCCCUACGUCUCAGAGAUGGAAGGCAUCCCAGCAGACACAUACCAUCGGCUUCUCGAAUUCCGCUCCCGUUACGAAGAACAACUAUAUCUCAUUCUCUCUCAGAAUCACUUACCGGUGGGAGUGUGUCUACGUCGGCCCUGGAAUGAACAACGCGGUAUUCGGGAUCUUGAUCCCGACGUGCCUUAUGGUCGUUUCUAUAUCCGCAUCAUUCGAUCGUCAGAGACGGCUGAGGUCCUUUAUCUUGGACUCCUUGAUUCUCCAGUGCUAGAGACCUGCUUUGCUCGAUGCUCAGGCAAAAAAGGAUCCGGCAGGGUUACGCCCGCCACAGUCAUCGCCCAGAGUCAAGACUUCGUCUCAGACUUACGGAUUGCAUACUCCGCGGUGAGUGCGACUAUAGCCGGUAAAUGGGACACUGCUUUCAUAUGGUUUACACGCAAUCAUCAGUCCAACUACCUGCAGAUCUUCGAGAUUCAUCAAGCGUCUUCAUUAGUUCCUUCCGUGUGUCCUGCACGAGAAGUCCCGAGUUUGUGUCUGUGUGUUGGCAAAUUUCCGUGGGGCAUGCAAGCAAGCUGUCUGUCACCGGUUGAUGGCACCACUUCCCUCAUCCCUGGAUGA